UUUAUCCUCGAUGGAGGAGCUCGUUGUCGCGGCGAUCACGCUCUGUGUGGCGCUGUCUCUCUCGAUCGAUCACAUCCUCGAAUUCUCUGCGAUCGUCGCGCUCGCGGCAUGGGCCUGGUUUGUGGAAUCGCGUCAGAAAGGGAAAAAUCCCUACUCCAGCUUCAGACCAGGUGCUUCGACAGGGAUUUUUCUGGGCUCGAUUACUUGGCCGCUGGUACUCGCGUCUCGGUUUAAUUCUUCUGUGGAUCCAGCCUCGACAAGCAAAUUCUCGUUCUGGAGCGCUACGCUAUGCAGUCUAAGGCUUCUAAAUUUCUUCUCCAGCGACACUUCGUCGGUCACACUUCUCGGGCAGUCGUCCCUAUUUGAUUAUUUCAAAGGAGGAAUCGCGUUGUUUGCUUUGAGCAUUGGUUUUGCAAAUGCAACUGGAUUUAUGGAUUUGAUUCCAAUUGCUGUCUUGGCAAUCCAGUCUUGUGGAUCGGCAAGUUUCUUGCGAGCUAUACUUCAAAAGUUCCCGGGAUGUGGAACGCCAGGGGAAUUGAUACUUGUGGCCAGUGGAUUAGCACUAUAUGGAGGAAAUCUGUUGCUCACAAUUCUCGGCAAUCCAAUUGAUCCUCUCGACUGUAUGCUCCAGGUUGGAGUUUUCGGACUGAGCCUCAUGCCACCAGCUUACAAAUGUUUCCUGUGGCUGACAAGGGACUCCAAAGCUACCUCUUUCGCCGCAGCUUUUCUUUCCAUAAUGCUGACAAUAGCUCCUGCGUGGUUUCGCUUAGUGGCAGGAGUUCAUCGACACCCAGUUCUAUGGGUGGUCAACUUUAUGCUGGAAAAGCCACUGCUACGUUUUGGACUCUGCUUGUACUGGCUCGCAGCACUCUGCUUACUUCCAUAUCUCUACAGCAUUGCUAAACACAAUGGUGCUCCACAAAUACUCGUCCGCAAGGGCUAUCAUAUUUUAGCAGUGAUGAUGUUCGUCCCAGCGGUUUUGAUCGAGAAAGAGUUUUUACAUCUGGCUUUCACUGUGGCUCUUGUUAUCUUCGGCCUCGUGGAAAUGCUGAGGAUAUGGCAAAUUCCACACAUCGGACCAAGGAUCACAGAAUUCAUGGCUGUUUUUGCUGAUCAUCGAGACUCAGAUAAGCUUAUUGUCAGCCAUUUUUCUUUGCUUCUUGGAUGCGCAGUACCAGUCUGGUUUCAUCACGGCUGGAGACUCCGACCGUUAGCAACUCUCGCAGGAAUUUUGAGCAUCGGAAUUGGCGACACAAUGGCAUCAUACGUUGGAUACAACUAUGGAUCAUGGAGAAUCAGCAGUACCAGCAAGAAAACAGUGGAAGGCACCAUGGCUGGAAUCAUGUCCUUGGGUUUCUCGUGCGCUCUCAUUCAAAGACUAGUAUCUCCUAUAUGCUUUCAGACUUACCAGUUAGCGAUUCCUGCGGUGCUUGCUGGAUUGCUAGAGGCUUACACGUCCCAAAUGGACAAUAUGUUUGUUCCUCUAGUUUUCUAUGCGAGCUUUCUCGCAAUGUGAAAGCGAGGACGAAGAGAAAAUUUUGCGGUUUCUUAAUUUCAAAUUCAAAAUUGAUGUCA